AUGUAUAACCGCCGCGGUAACUGGCAGCCGCACCGUUACACUUCCAUAGCAGGAACUCUGCCUGAAGCUAUGGUGACUGUAGUGUCUCCUCAGGGUCCUUACUACACUGGAGAUGAAGUCACUCUGAGGUGUGACAUUGCAGAGUACACAGACUGGUAUAACUGGUAUCGAGAUAAUGACUACAUUCACACUCAGGACAGUAAAACCACCACCAUCAACCUCCCUGAUCAAGCUGGCCAGUACCAGUACACAUGUGCAGGACAUAGAGAAUCUAGACCAAGGAGUCCCCCGCGCAGUGCCCCCGUCUCUAUCAGUAUCACAGCUAGGAACCAAAAUAAAUGUUCUGGGUUUUCCAGCUGCGCUUCUUUCUGGCGGACCGACCAUCUAGCAGGUGGCACAAAUUCAACAACAUCAAAGCCCAAUCUCACAUCAAGUACAGGCCACCAGCUGCUCACAGGAGACUCAGUGACUCUGACAUGUGAGUUGGGUGUUUCCUCUGGUUUGGUGUUCUACUGGUACAGAGACACACAGACCUCUGAUCCUGUGAACCAGACUGAUGUAAACUCCUAUAGCAUCAUCUCUGUUAAAGUCUCUGAUGGAGGACAGUACUGGUGCAGAGCUGGGAGAGGAGACCCAGUCUAUCACACACAGUACAGUGAUGCAGUUGAGAUAAAGGGGACAGAUAAGCCCACAGCUACACUGUCUGUAGUGUCUCCUCAUGGUCCAUACUACCCUGGAGAUAGAGUCACUCUGAGGUGUGACAUAGCAGGGGACACAGACUGGAAUCAGUAUUCCUGGUUCAGAAAUAGUAACUACAUUAUCAAUGGCCAAAGUCAAACCAUCACCAGCGACCUCCCUAACCAUGUUGGCCAGUACCAGUACACAUGUGAAGGACAUAGAGAAUCUAGACCAGAGACUUCCCAGCGCAGUACCCCUGUCUCCAUCACUGUCAGAGCCCUGCCUUUGGCUACACUGACUGUGGAGCCACAUAGUCCUGUGUUCACUGGAGAGACAGUCACUCUGAAGUGUGUGAUAGAGUCUCACAGUGGCUGGGUGUAUAAGUGGUAUAAAGACAGGGUUAACAAUGUUGUGUUUGAUGGAGACACAUUUACUGUAAAAGAAGUUACUGAAUCACAUAACGGCAAGUACUGGUGCAAGGGAGAGAGAAAAGAAAGACCCACAUCAUCUCAAAUCACUAGUGAAACAACUGUUAAAGUUCAAGCAUCAAAGCCCAAACUCACAUCAAGUACAGGCCACCAGCUGCUCACAGGAGACUCAGUGACUCUGACAUGUGAGUUGGGUGUUUCCUCUGGUUUGGUGUUCUACUGGUACAGAAACACACAGACCUCUGAUCCUGUGAACCAGACUGAUGGAAACUCCUACAGCAUCAUCUCUGUUAAAGUCUCUGAUGGAGGACAGUACUGGUGCAGAGCUGGAAGAGGAGACCCAGUCUAUCACACACAGUACAGUGAUGCAGUUGAGAUAAAGGGGACAGAAAGACCAAAAGCUGCUGUUACCCUUAAAUCAAACUGGACAGUGUUCUUCAGUGGAGAAAAGGUCUCUCUCAGAUGUGACAUAAAGAGUGGGGAGAGCAGUGACUGGGGGUACAGCUGGUUUAGGAAUGGAGUCUAUAAGCCUGAAAAGGAACAUGAAAUCAACCCAUCCCAAAGUGGUAACUAUACUUGUAAAGGACAAAGGAAACGUGAUAAAAAAGAAUCAGAAGAAAGUGCUGCUGUUGGUAUUACAGUUUAUUCAGAGAAAGCCCAGGCAGUUCUGGGUUCCCUUUCACAGAUGUGGCUGACUGAAGGAGACUCAGUGACUCUGAGCUGUGAGGUUAGAGGCUCCACUACAGGCUGGAGAUUACACUGGUACAAGACUGCCCCCUACAGUCCUGAGUUGGUAUAUGUGUUACAUGAGAACAGGGGAUAUUAUCUACAGUUGGUCUCAGACAGCAUCAGUGGAGCUGGAGGCUCCUACACUCUCAGCCCAGCUGCUCUUAGACACACAGGGGUUUAUGUGUGCAGAGCAGAGAGAGGAGAGCCAGCCUAUCACACAGAGUUCAGCCAACCUCAGCCACUCUGGGUCACAGGUGUGUCUUCUCCAUCUUCUGUGAUCAUCCACUCAAACUGGACCCAGAUCUUUACAUACGAGUCUCUCUCACUGAGCUGUGGGGUUCAGGGUAACUCUACUGGAUGGAGACUGAGGUGGUUCACAGGCAGAGGAGGGGAAUCAAAGUGUCCCACUGACUGGAGAUCAGAAACAGGAUCAUCCUGCACCAUCAGAUCAGCAUCAUCAUCAGACAGUGGAGUUUACUGGUGUCAGUCUGAGUCUGGAGAGCAGAGUAAUCCUGUCAACAUCACAGUGCACACUGGUGAUGUGAUCCUGGAGAGUCCUGCCCAUCCUGUGACUGAGGGAGAUCCUCUGACCCUGUGCUGUAGAUAUCGCUAUAAGCCAUCAAACAUCAGUGCUGACUUCUAUAAAGAUGGGACACUCCUCCAGACCUCUACCACAGGGGAGAUGACCAUCCCUGCAGUCUCAGAGUCACAUGAAGGAGUCUAUAGGUGCAGGAACCCAGAGAAAGGAGAGUCACCAGAGACCUGGAUCACAGUUAAAGAGACCAAUUCUGCAUAUGUGGAUUCUGGUUCCUUCAUCCUGUUAGCUGUCAGAGCGGUGAUGGGAAUCUCCUUGGUCUUGGUGGGAGCCUUUUCAGUCUUCCGGCUGCAUCAUUCAAAAUAUCUCUCAGGUAAAACAACAGAGACCAGCAGCAGCAGCAGCAGCAGCAGAUGAGCACCAAUCAGAGUUCAGACCAGGACCAGAGUCAGUCUGCAGGAAGAGGGGGGUCUGAGUCAGAGUAUAUGCCUCUGCAGAAGAGAAGUACAGAUGUCUAUGAUACUAUCACACCCCUAUAUAUGCCACUGCAGAGAGGCGCCACAGAUGUCUAUGAAACAAUUAAAUCAUCCAAAGACUCUCAGGAAGAUGAUGAGGAAGGAUAUGAUGAUGUGGUUCCCUCCGACACCAGAGCAGAGGAACAUGUGUAACUGAGGAAAAGAAAGGGAGAGUUGUUUUCAGAUUGUGAAAGGCUGAGUUCAACUCCAAUAAGAUACGCUAGGUGGCAGCCAUUUAUCUUCUGUGUCACUGUAAUUAUUUACAUACUGCUCAACAUCAUAAUACCUUCUUUAUUUUAAUGUAUUUUUAAAAGUUCACUUUAUCUUCUGUAGAAAUAUAUAGAUGUAUUUUAGGCAUUAUUGAUUGCUUAUUACUCUUUUAACUUGAUACAUUUCACAAAACUGUUAUUUUACAUGAUUGUCUCACCUGCUGAUU